UUGGUCUGAAUUUCCUUUCUAUAGAUUUUACUGGUUUCGAGUCUUCGAGAUUUCGGCGAUCGCUUGCUGGGAUUUCACCCAAGUUUCCGCUUUUUUUGGUUACCAUUAUCGAGGCUUCGGCGAUCACAAGUUGGGAACCAUCUUUCUCUCUGUCUAACCCAUGUCGGAAGCAGUUCCAGCUGAUCAGAUUCCAGCACGUCAUGGGCUUGAACAUCUACCAAAUGGUAAUAUACAGAUGUUACCAGUAAUUUACCCUGUACUUGUUCCAGGGUUGUUCCAUGUUCAGAAUGAUGAACAGGUAAACCGAGGAGCAGGACUUUAUGCUGUUCCUGUUCUUCCAUUUUCGGGACCUAUAGGAGGAGUUCUGCCCAACAAUCUUAUCCCUCUUACGUACAGUGUACCAAUAAGGCGAAGCUCGAGCAAUCCAACGGUGAGUGACGAGCAUCGUCAAGCAGGAGAGGGACAGCAGCAGCAACAGGCAGUGCCUCAAAGGCAAGUUGUUGUCAGGAGAAUCCAAAUUGCUAUCCAUCUCGACCUGUUACUUAUUCUGAAAUUGGCAGCUGUCAUAUUUCUCUUCAACCAAGAUGGGUCAAGACAAAGGCUUGCUCUCCUUGUGUUUCUUGCUUCCCUUGUUUAUUUAUAUCAAACAGGUGCACUUUCUCCAUUCAUACGGUGGCUUUCACAAGGAAUGCAGAGAGCGGCAGCACCACCAAGGCCAGCUGCUAGGGCUGAAGUUGCACCACUUGCUGCAGGACUGGGGAAUGAGAAUGUUGUUCUUCCAGAGGGAGCGGCAGCUGUACCCGCAAGUGAGAAUGAGCAGCAGCCGCAGGUUGUAGAAGCUGAUGAAGACGAGAAUGGUGGAAACAACAAUCGGUGGUGGGGCAUUGUUAAGGAAAUCCAGAUGAUUGUUUUUGGUUUCAUCACUUCCCUUCUACCAGGUUUUCAGAAUGUAGACUAGAUAAGCAGAUUGUAAUUUCAAAGUUUUAUGAUGGGAUUCAUCCUUGUAAAACAGUAUUUUAUUUUGUAGAGCUACUUGAUUUAUAGUAUGUGUUCAUCCUUUUUGCACUGGAGUAGGGGAUUUAACUUUUCUUUUCACA